UGCAGGACAGCCAUUAUGGCAUGAAAGGACUGGAAGCUAUAGGAGGGUUAUUAUCAUUCAACAGAGCGGAGGUGACUGCACAUUUGGAGUAUGCGCGACGACAAAGGCAAACGAUGCGCUAUUGAGAAGCCAUAGUACAACGCAUGCAGCAAACAUAUUUGUGCGCAGCAUGUCCUACAUUUGGCUUUAUGAGAAUGCCGAGUGAGCUGGAAGGCCGCAGCCAGGCUUGUUAGUAGAGCGCUACGUUGCGUCCCUUAGGCGCCAGGGGCUCCGGCAGAAGUGGGGGUGGAAGGAGCAAGAGACGGAGAGACCGCAGUCAGACAGGAGCGAGGACUAGAGUUAUGGCGCUGCGGGUGCUGGAGCUGUACAGCGGGGUCGGAGGAAUGCACUGCGGCCUAGCAGAAAGUGGUGUAGCUGCUGAAGUUGUGGCUGCAGUGGAUGUGAAUACCAAUGCCAAUAAAGUCUACAAAUAUAACUUUCCCCAUACUCCUUUAUGGCCAAAGACUAUUGAGGGAAUAACACUGAAAGAGCUUGAUGCUUUGUCUUUUGAUAUGAUCCUUAUGAGUCCUCCUUGCCAGCCAUUCACAAGGAUAGGCCUGCAGGGUGACAUUUCUGAUCCAAGAGCAAAGAGCUUCCUUUAUGUUCUUGACAUACUUCCAAGGCUGAAGAAACUCCCUGCGUAUAUUCUGUUAGAGAAUGUAAAAGGAUUUGAAUCAUCUGAAGCCAGGGAAGCCUUGAUUGGAACAUUGCAAAAGUGUGGAUAUGUCUACCAAGAGUUCCUGCUGUCACCGACGUGUCUUGGGAUUCCUAAUUCUAGACUGCGCUACUUUCUGAUUGCAAAGCUACAAACAGAACCGUUUGCUUUCACAAUCUCCAAUACAAUUCUUGAAGAGUUUCCAAGCCAGCACUCAAUUGACCCUGGAAGAAGGAGGGUUUUUCAUUGUUCAGAAAAUAACCCACAAGCAGGUGCGGAUCAGAAAAAUCCAAGUUGCCCUCUUAGUGGCACUGAUCAUGGCCCUGAAAAGACCUUUCUUUACAAGCUGGAGACUGCUCAAGAGCUGGAGAGAAAACAAGGCCAGGACAAUGACGCCUCUGUUAGAAUGUUGCAAGACUUUCUCGAGAUGAGUGUCGAGGAGAUGAGCCAGUAUUUUCUGCCCCCAAAGUCUUUAUUGCGAUAUGCUUUGAUUCUGGACAUUGUAAGACCCACAUGCAGAAGAUCGACUUGCUUUACCAAAGGAUAUGGGCAUUAUGUUGAAGGUACAGGCUCUGUUCUUCAGACAGCUACUGAUGUUGAGAUUGAUUCUGUUUAUAAUUCACUGGAAUUGCUGAAUGAAGAGGAGAAGCUUGCAAAGUUGUCCUCACUAAAAAUGCGGUAUUUUACCCCUAGAGAGAUCGCAAAUCUUCAUGGAUUUCCAGAAACAUUUGGUUUUCCCGAAGAGGUAACAACAAAACAACGUUAUCGGCUGCUUGGGAACAGUCUCAAUGUACAUAUUGUCUCCAGUCUCAUCAGCCUUCUGCUUCAGUCUCCCUGAACGAUUGAUCUGGCCUUACAUGAUAAUAAUGUAUAAACAAACAGAUUAGGUGACAAUUUUAUAAUAUUAAUAAAAGAUUUUAUAUA